UGACUCACCGGAUAAGCAUCCACCGUAAUCCUCGUCAACCCCUUUGACCCACUCUCCAUUCCAUUACCCACUCUCACUACUCCACGCGUCGCAAUAGUUCUUCUACACUGUCUUACUGCGAGAUCUGAUGUACGUGAUUAUUAAGGAAUAUUGUUCUUUUUCUUUUCGGUCAGCUUCAAAAGCCUGAUUGCUGAUGGUAAUUGUUCUGCGCAUGCUGAUACAGAGAAAGAAAGAUAUUUGCAUAAACGAAAAGGAAAAAAUGGCGAGUGUGCAGAUGAUGCGAGAGAGAGACGAUGAUCAGGUGGUGAUGAAGAUGAAGAUGAAAGAUCAUGAGAGUAAUCAAAGUCCAAGGAGUCCAGAGGCAAGGUUAGGAAUGAAAGUGGAGGACUUAUGGGAUGUACAGGAACCACAGCUGAGUCCAACUGAGAAACUCAACGCCUGUUUUGAGAGUAUUCCUGUUUCUGCUUUUCCUCACGCACCUUCUUCUCAAGUGGUGGAGAUAAAAUCAGAUACGAGUCUAGCGGAGGCAGUUAAAAUAUUAGCGGAUCAUAAAAUACUAAGUGCGCCAGUGGUUGAUGUUGAUGCACCGGAGGAUGCCACUUGGAUGGAUAGAUAUCUUGGUGUUGUUGAGUUUGCUGGAAUUGCUGUCUGGAUUCUUCAUCAGUCAGAACCUCCGUCUCCUAGGAGUAAAAACUCUGGAACAGCUCUUGCGGUGGCAGCUAAUGGAUUGACUAAUGCUGCAGGGCUUGGGACCUUAGGCCCUGAAGACGCUUCCACAACUUCUGGAAACUUUUUUGAGGCUUUGACUUCUUCUGAAUUCUAUAAAAACACAAAGGUUCGAGAUAUCUCAGGGUCAUUCCGUUGGGCGCCAUUUCUUGCUCUGCAGAAUUCGAACUCCUUUCUGACAAUGCUCCUUUUGCUAUCUAAGUACAAAAUGAAAAGUGUUCCUGUGGUUGAUCUGGGUGAAGGGAAGAUUGAUAACAUCAUUACGCAGUCCGCUGUGAUUCACAUGUUAGCAGAAUGUGCAGGACUUCAAUGGUUUGAGAGUUGGGGAACCAAAACACUUACAGAAAUUGGUCUUCCCUUCAUGUCCUCUGAUCUUAUUGUCAAGGUGUAUGAGGAUGAGCCAGUGCUCCAGGCAUUUAAGCUGAUGAGGAAAAAGAGUAUUGGAGCAAUACCUGUUGUUGAAAGUGGAGGGAAAAAGGCAGUGGGAAAUAUAAGUCUAAGAGAUGUGCAGUUCCUAUUAACUGCACCAGAAAUCUAUCACGAUUAUAGGUCUAUAACGGCGAAAAACUUUUUGACAGCAGUUAGAAGCUACUUGAAAGAGCACCAAGAAACCUCACCCAUGGUGAAUGGCAUGGUUACAUGUAAGAAAGAUCACACCAUGAAAGAACUGAUUCUAAAACUUGAUUCCACAAAAAUACAUCGGAUAUAUGUCGUGGAUGAUGCUGGAAAUCUGGAAGGGGUGAUCACACUGAGAGACAUCAUCUCGAGACUUGUACACGAACCACGGGGUUACUUUGGCGAUUUCUUUGAUGGAGUAUUGCCACUUCCCCACAACAGUAGAGUUUAAGAGGCAUCGAUAAUGAUGGUCUGGUUAUUCCCUAUUGCCUGACCACAUUUUUCCAAAUUAUACGUGCCAAUCUUCUUCGGAUUGUCUGCCAGCGAGAAAAUGUAGCGCUGUAAGCUGUAAGAUAGGUGAGUGCCAUGCAGUUAGCUUUCUUCUGCUUUUAUGGGGUUCUGUUCUGUGUAUAUUUUGAUGUAUCUAUGAACUGAAUGUGAGCUCUGCUGUUGAAAAAAAAGUCAAUAAGUAGGACUUCUUCAUCUUGUAAUUAAUUUGAACCCUGAGCUUGCACGGUGAAAAGAAUAUUUUGCAUUUGUGUUUUGUAUUCCUAA